GGCUCAAAGGUGAAGGAAGAAGGGGGAGGGAGGGGCGGAGAGGCGAUGGCGGAGGUGUGGCGGCGGCUCUACUCGGGAUUGCCCAAGGUGGUGGAUGCGGAGGGGCACGAGAACAUGUGGAAAUUCCCCAUCUGGGUCGCCCUGGCCGUAGGCAUGUGCGUGCGUGCUGCAGGAGGCAUGUGCGUGCGUGCUGCAGUAGGCAUGUGCGUGCGUGCUGCAGGAGGCAUGUGCGUGCGUGCUGCAGUAGGCAUGUGCGUGCGUGCUGCAGUAGGCAUGUGCGUGCGUGCUGCAGUAGGCAUGUGCGUGCGUGCUGCAGUAGGCAUGUGCGUGCGUGCUGCAGUAGGCAUGUGCGUGCGUGCUGCAGUAGGCAUGUGCGUGCGUGCUGCAGUAGGCAUGUGCGUGCGUGCUGCAGUAGGCAUGUGCGUGCGUGCUGCAGUAGGCAUGUGCGUGCGUGCUGCAGUAGGCAUGUGCGUGCGUGCUGCAGUAGGCAUGUGCGUGCGUGCUGCAGUAGGCAUGUGCGUGCGUGCUGCAGUAGGCAUGUGCGUGCGUGCUGCAGUAGGCAUGUGCGUGCGUGCUGCAGUAGGCAUGUGCGUGCGUGCUGCAGUAGGCAUGUGCGUGCGUGCUGCAGUAGGCAUGUGCGUGCGUGCUGCAGUAGGCAUGUGCGUGCGUGCUGCAGUAGGCAUGUGCGUGCGUGCUGCAGUAGGCAUGUGCGUGCGUGCUGCAGUAGGCAUGUGCGUGCGUGCUGCAGUAGGCAUGUGCGUGCGUGCUGCAGUAGGCAUGUGCGUGCGUGCUGCAGUAGGCAUGUGCGUGCGUGCUGCAGUAGGCAUGUGCGUGCGUGCUGCAGUAGGCAUGUGCGUGCGUGCUGCAGUAGGCAUGUGCGUGCGUGCUGCAGUAGGCAUGUGCGUGCGUGCUGCAGUAGGCAUGUGCGUGCGUGCUGCAGUAGGCAUGUGCGUGCGUGCUGCAGUAGGCAUGUGCAUAGGCAUGUGCGUGCGUGCUGCAGUAGGCAUGUGCGUGCGUGCUGCAGUAGGCAUGUGCGUGCGUGCUGCAGUAGGCAUGUGCGUGCGUGCUGCAGUAGGCAUGUGCGUGCGUGCUGCAGUAGGCAUGUGCGUGCGUGCUGCAGUAGGCAUGUGCGUGCGUGCUGCAGUAGGCAUGUGCGUGCGUGCUGCAGUAGGCAUGUGCGUGCGUGCUGCAGUAGGCAUGUGCGUGCGUGCUGCAGUAGGCAUGUGCGUGCGUGCUGCAGUAGGCAUGUGCGUGCGUGCUGCAGUAGGCAUGUGCGUGCGUGCUGCAGUAGGCAUGUGCGUGCGUGCUGCAGUAGGCAUGUGCGUGCGUGCUGCAGUAGGCAUGUGCGUGCGUGCUGCAGUAGGCAUGUGCGUGCGUGCUGCAGUAGGCAUGUGCGUGCGUGCUGCAGUAGGCAUGUGCGUGCGUGCUGCAGUAGGCAUGUGCGUGCGUGCUGCAGUAGGCAUGUGCGUGCGUGCUGCAGUAGGCAUGUGCGUGCGUGCUGCAGUAGGCAUGUGCGUGCGUGCUGCAGUAGGCAUGUGCGUGCGUGCUGCAGUAGGCAUGUGCGUGCGUGCUGCAGUAGGCAUGUGCGUGCGUGCUGCAGUAGGCAUGUGCGUGCGUGCUGCAGUAGGCAUGUGCGUGCGUGCUGCAGUAGGCAUGUGCGUGCGUGCUGCAGUAGGCAUGUGCGUGCGUGCUGCAGUAGGCAUGUGCGUGCGUGCUGCAGUAGGCAUGUGCGUGCGUGCUGCAGUAGGCAUGUGCGUGCGUGCUGCAGUAGGCAUGUGCGUGCGUGCUGCAGUAGGCAUGUGCGUGCGUGCUGCAGUAGGCAUGUGCGUGCGUGCUGCAGUAGGCAUGUGCGUGCGUGCUGCAGUAGGCAUGUGCGUGCGUGCUGCAGUAGGCAUGUGCGUGCGUGCUGCAGUAGGCAUGUGCGUGCGUGCUGCAGUAGGCAUGUGCGUGCGUGCUGCAGUAGGCAUGUGCGUGCGUGCUGCAGUAGGCAUGUGCGUGCGUGCUGCAGUAGGCAUGUGCGUGCGUGCUGCAGUAGGCAUGUGCGUGCGUGCUGCAGUAGGCAUGUGCGUGCGUGCUGCAGUAGGCAUGUGCGUGCGUGCUGCAGUAGGCAUGUGCGUGCGUGCUGCAGUAGGCAUGUGCGUGCGUGCUGCAGUAGGCAUGUGCGUGCGUGCUGCAGUAGGCAUGUGCGUGCGUGCUGCAGUAGGCAUGUGCGUGCGUGCUGCAGUAGGCAUGUGCGUGCGUGCUGCAGUAGGCAUGUGCGUGCGUGCUGCAGUAGGCAUGUGCGUGCGUGCUGCAGUAGGCAUGUGCGUGCGUGCUGCAGUAGGCAUGUGCGUGCGUGCUGCAGUAGGCAUGUGCGUGCGUGCUGCAGUAGGCAUGUGCGUGCGUGCUGCAGUAGGCAUGUGCGUGCGUGCUGCAGUAGGCAUGUGCGUGCGUGCUGCAGUAGGCAUGUGCGUGCGUGCUGCAGUAGGCAUGUGCGUGCGUGCUGCAGUAGGCAUGUGCGUGCGUGCUGCAGUAGGCAUGUGCGUGCGUGCUGCAGUAGGCAUGUGCGUGCGUGCUGCAGUAGGCAUGUGCGUGCGUGCUGCAGUAGGCAUGUGCGUGCGUGCUGCAGUAGGCAUGUGCGUGCGUGCUGCAGUAGGCAUGUGCGUGCGUGCUGCAGUAGGCAUGUGCGUGCGUGCUGCAGUAGGCAUGUGCGUGCGUGCUGCAGUAGGCAUGUGCGUGCGUGCUGCAGUAGGCAUGUGCGUGCGUGCUGCAGUAGGCAUGUGCGUGCGUGCUGCAGUAGGCAUGUGCGUGCGUGCUGCAGUAGGCAUGUGCGUGCGUGCUGCAGUAGGCAUGUGCGUGCGUGCUGCAGUAGGCAUGUGCGUGCGUGCUGCAGUAGGCAUGUGCGUGCGUGCUGCAGUAGGCAUGUGCGUGCGUGCUGCAGUAGGCAUGUGCGUGCGUGCUGCAGUAGGCAUGUGCGUGCGUGCUGCAGUAGGCAUGUGCGUGCGUGCUGCAGUAGGCAUGUGCGUGCGUGCUGCAGUAGGCAUGUGCGUGCCGUGCUGCAUAGGCAUGUGCGUGCGUGCUGCAGUAGGCAUGUGCGUGCGUGCUGCAGUAGGCAUGUGCGUGCGUGCUGCAGUAGGCAUGUGCGUGCGUGCUGCAGUAGGCAUGUGCGUGCGUGCUGCAGUAGGCAUGUGCGUGCGUGCUGCAGUAGGCAUGUGCGUGCGUGCUGCAGUAGGCAUGUGCGUGCGUGCUGCAGUAGGCAUGUGCGUGCGUGCUGCAGUAGGCAUGUGCGUGCGUGCUGCAGUAGGCAUGUGCGUGCGUGCUGCAGUAGGCAUGUGCGUGCGUGCUGCAGUAGGCAUGUGCGUGCGUGCUGCAGUAGGCAUGUGCGUGCGUGCUGCAGUAGGCAUGUGCGUGCGUGCUGCAGUAGGCAUGUGCGUGCGUGCUGCAGUAGGCAUGUGCGUGCGUGCUGCAGUAGGCAUGUGCGUGCGUGCUGCAGUAGGCAUGUGCGUGCGUGCUGCAGUAGGCAUGUGCGUGCGUGCUGCAGUAGGCAUGUGCGUGCGUGCUGCAGUAGGCAUGUGCGUGCGUGCUGCAGUAGGCAUGUGCGUGCGUGCUGCAGUAGGCAUGUGCGUGCGUGCUGCAGUAGGCAUGUGCGUGCGUGCUGCAGUAGGCAUGUGCGUGCGUGCUGCAGUAGGCAUGUGCGUGCGUGCUGCAGUAGGCAUGUGCGUGCGUGCUGCAGUAGGCAUGUGCGUGCGUGCUGCAGUAGGCAUGUGCGUGCGUGCUGCAGUAGGCAUGUGCGUGCGUGCUGCAGUAGGCAUGUGCGUGCGUGCUGCAGUAGGCAUGUGCGUGCGUGCUGCAGUAGGCAUGUGCGUGCGUGCUGCAGUAGGCAUGUGCGUGCGUGCUGCAGUAGGCAUGUGCGUGCGUGCUGCAGUAGGCAUGUGCGUGCGUGCUGCAGUAGGCAUGUGCGUGCGUGCUGCAGUAGGCAUGUGCGUGCGUGCUGCAGUAGGCAUGUGCGUGCGUGCUGCAGUAGGCAUGUGCGUGCGUGCUGCAGUAGGCAUGUGCGUGCGUGCUGCAGUAGGCAUGUGCGUGCGUGCUGCAGUAGGCAUGUGCGUGCGUGCUGCAGUAGGCAUGUGCGUGCGUGCUGCAGUAGGCAUGUGCGUGCGUGCUGCAGUAGGCAUGUGCGUGCGUGCUGCAGUAGGCAUGUGCGUGCGUGCUGCAGUAGGCAUGUGCGUGCGUGCUGCAGUAGGCAUGUGCGUGCGUGCUGCAGUAGGCAUGUGCGUGCGUGCUGCAGUAGGCAUGUGCGUGCGUGCUGCAGUAGGCAUGUGCGUGCGUGCUGCAGUAGGCAUGUGCGUGCGUGCUGCAGUAGGCAUGUGCGUGCGUGCUGCAGUAGGCAUGUGCGUGCGUGCUGCAGUAGGCAUGUGCGUGCGUGCUGCAGUAGGCAUGUGCGUGCGUGCUGCAGUAGGCAUGUGCGUGCGUGCUGCAGUAGGCAUGUGCGUGCGUGCUGCAGUAGGCAUGUGCGUGCGUGCUGCAGUAGGCAUGUGCGUGCGUGCUGCAGUAGGCAUGUGCGUGCGUGCUGCAGUAGGCAUGUGCGUGCGUGCUGCAGUAGGCAUGUGCGUGCGUGCUGCAGUAGGCAUGUGCGUGCGUGCUGCAGUAGGCAUGUGCGUGCGUGCUGCAGUAGGCAUGUGCGUGCGUGCUGCAGUAGGCAUGUGCGUGCGUGCUGCAGUAGGCAUGUGCGUGCGUGCUGCAGUAGGCAUGUGCGUGCGUGCUGCAGUAGGCAUGUGCGUGCGUGCUGCAGUAGGCAUGUGCGUGCGUGCUGCAGUAGGCAUGUGCGUGCGUGCUGCAGUAGGCAUGUGCGUGCGUGCUGCAGUAGGCAUGUGCGUGCGUGCUGCAGUAGGCAUGUGCGUGCGUGCUGCAGUAGGCAUGUGCGUGCGUGCUGCAGCCAUGUGCGUGCGUGCUGCAGUAGGCAUGUGCGUGCGUGCUGCAGUAGGCAUGUGCGUGCGUGCUGCAGUAGGCAUGUGCGUGCGUGCUGCAGUAGGCAUGUGCGUGCGUGCUGCAGUAGGCAUGUGCGUGCGUGCUGCAGUAGGCAUGUGCGUGCGUGCUGCAGUAGGCAUGUGCGUGCGUGCUGCAGUAGGCAUGUGCGUGCGUGCUGCAGUAGGCAUGUGCGUGCGUGCUGCAGUAGGCAUGUGCGUGCGUGCUGCAGUAGGCAUGUGCGUGCGUGCUGCAGUAGGCAUGUGCGUGCGUGCUGCAGUAGGCAUGUGCGUGCGUGCUGCAGUAGGCAUGGCAUUAGGCAUGUGCGUGCGUGCUGCAGUAGGCAUGUGCGUGCGUGCUGCAGUAGGCAUGUGCGUGCGUGCUGCAGUAGGCAUGUGCGUGCGUGCUGCAGUAGGCAUGUGCGUGCGUGCUGCAGUAGGCAUGUGCGUGCGUGCUGCAGUAGGCAUGUGCGUGCGUGCUGCAGUAGGCAUGUGCGUGCGUGCUGCAGUAGGCAUGUGCGUGCGUGCUGCAGUAGGCAUGUGCGUGCGUGCUGCAGUAGGCAUGUGCGUGCGUGCUGCAGUAGGCAUGUGCGUGCGUGCUGCAGUAGGCAUGUGCGUGCGUGCUGCAGUAGGCAUGUGCGUGCGUGCUGCAGUAGGCAUGUGCGUGCGUGCUGCAGUAGGCAUGUGCGUGCGUGCUGCAGUAGGCAUGUGCGUGCGUGCUGCAGUAGGCAUGUGCGUGCGUGCUGCAGUAGGCAUGUGCGUGCGUGCUGCAGUAGGCAUGUGCGUGCGUGCUGCAGUAGGCAUGUGCGUGCGUGCUGCAGUAGGCAUGUGCGUGCGUGCUGCAGUAGGCAUGUGCGUGCGUGCUGCAGUAGGCAUGUGCGUGCGUGCUGCAGUAGGCAUGUGCGUGCGUGCUGCAGUAGGCAUGUGCGUUGCGUGCUGCAUAGGCAUGUGCGUGCGUGCUGCAGUAGGCAUGUGCGUGCGUGCUGCAGUAGGCAUGUGCGUGCGUGCUGCAGUAGGCAUGUGCGUGCGUGCUGCAGUAGGCAUGUGCGUGCGUGCUGCAGUAGGCAUGUGCGUGCGUGCUGCAGUAGGCAUGUGCGUGCGUGCUGCAGUAGGCAUGUGCGUGCGUGCUGCAGUAGGCAUGUGCGUGCGUGCUGCAGUAGGCAUGUGCGUGCGUGCUGCAGUAGGCAUGUGCGUGCGUGCUGCAGUAGGCAUGUGCGUGCGUGCUGCAGUAGGCAUGUGCGUGCGUGCUGCAGUAGGCAUGUGCGUGCGUGCUGCAGUAGGCAUGUGCGUGCGUGCUGCAGUAGGCAUGUGCGUGCGUGCUGCAGUAGGCAUGUGCGUGCGUGCUGCAGUAGGCAUGUGCGUGCGUGCUGCAGUAGGCAUGUGCGUGCGUGCUGCAGUAGGCAUGUGCGUGCGUGCUGCAGUAGGCAUGUGCGUGCGUGCUGCAGUAGGCAUGUGCGUGCGUGCUGCAGUAGGCAUGUGCGUGCGUGCUGCAGUAGGCAUGUGCGUGCGUGCUGCAGUAGGCAUGUGCGUGCGUGCUGCAGUAGGCAUGUGCGUGCGUGCUGCAGUAGGCAUGUGCGUGCGUGCUGCAGUAGGCAUGUGCGUGCGUGCUGCAGUAGGCAUGUGCGUGCGUGCUGCAGUAGGCAUGUGCGUGCGUGCUGCAGUAGGCAUGUGCGUGCGUGCUGCAGUAGGCAUGUGCGUGCGUGCUGCAGUAGGCAUGUGCGUGCGUGCUGCAGUAGGCAUGUGCGUGCGUGCUGCAGUAGGCAUGUGCGUGCGUGCUGCAGUAGGCAUGUGCGUGCGUGCUGCAGUAGGCAUGUGCGUGCGUGCUGCAGUAGGCAUGUGCGUGCGUGCUGCAGUAGGCAUGUGCGUGCGUGCUGCAGUAGGCAUGUGCGUGCGUGCUGCAGUAGGCAUGUGCGUGCGUGCUGCAGUAGGCAUGUGCGUGCGUGCUGCAGUAGGCAUGUGCGUGCGUGCUGCAGUAGGCAUGUGCGUGCGUGCUGCAGUAGGCAUGUGCGUGCGUGCUGCAGUAGGCAUGUGCGUGCGUGCUGCAGUAGGCAUGUGCGUGCGUGCUGCAGUAGGCAUGUGCGUGCGUGCUGCAGUAGGCAUGUGCGUGCGUGCUGCAGUAGGCAUGUGCGUGCGUGCUGGCAUAGGCAUGUGCGUGCGUGCUGCAGUAGGCAUGUGCGUGCGUGCUGCAGUAGGCAUGUGCGUGCGUGCUGCAGUAGGCAUGUGCGUGCGUGCUGCAGUAGGCAUGUGCGUGCGUGCUGCAGUAGGCAUGUGCGUGCGUGCUGCAGUAGGCAUGUGCGUGCGUGCUGCAGUAGGCAUGUGCGUGCGUGCUGCAGUAGGCAUGUGCGUGCGUGCUGCAGUAGGCAUGUGCGUGCGUGCUGCAGUAGGCAUGUGCGUGCGUGCUGCAGUAGGCAUGUGCGUGCGUGCUGCAGUAGGCAUGUGCGUGCGUGCUGCAGUAGGCAUGUGCGUGCGUGCUGCAGUAGGCAUGUGCGUGCGUGCUGCAGUAGGCAUGUGCGUGCGUGCUUGCAUAGGCAUGUGCGUGCGUGCUGCAGUAGGCAUGUGCGUGCGUGCUGCAGUAGGCAUGUGCGUGCGUGCUGCAGUAGGCAUGUGCGUGCGUGCUGCAGUAGGCAUGUGCGUGCGUGCUGCAGUAGGCAUGUGCGUGCGUGCUGCAGUAGGCAUGUGCGUGCGUGCUGCAGUAGGCAUGUGCGUGCGUGCUGCAGUAGGCAUGUGCGUGCGUGCUGCAGUAGGCAUGUGCGUGCGUGCUGCAGUAGGCAUGUGCGUGCGUGCUGCAGUAGGCAUGUGCGUGCGUGCUGCAGUAGGCAUGUGCGUGCGUGCUGCAGUAGGCAUGUGCGUGCGUGCUGCAGUAGGCAUGUGCGUGCGUGCUGCAGUAGGCAUUAGGCAUGGCAUGUGCGUGCGUGCUGCAGUAGGCAUGUGCGUGCGUGCUGCAGUAGGCAUGUGCGUGCGUGCUGCAGUAGGCAUGUGCGUGCGUGCUGCAGUAGGCAUGUGCGUGCGUGCUGCAGUAGGCAUGUGCGUGCGUGCUGCAGUAGGCAUGUGCGUGCGUGCUGCAGUAGGCAUGUGCGUGCGUGCUGCAGUAGGCAUGUGCGUGCGUGCUGCAGUAGGCAUGUGCGUGCGUGCUGCAGUAGGCAUGUGCGUGCGUGCUGCAGUAGGCAUGUGCGUGCGUGCUGCAGUAGGCAUGUGCGUGCGUGCUGCAGUAGGCAUGUGCGUGCGUGCUGCAGUAGGCAUGUGCGUGCGUGCUGCAGUAGGCAUGUGCGUGCGUGCUGCAGUAGGCAUGUGCGUGCGUGCUGCAGUAGGCAUGUGCGUGCGUGCUGCAGUAGGCAUGUGCGUGCGUGCUGCAGUAGGCAUGUGCGUGCGUGCUGCAGUAGGCAUGUGCGUGCGUGCUGCAGUAGGCAUGUGCGUGCGUGCUGCAGUAGGCAUGUGCGUGCGUGCUGCAGUAGGCAUGUGCGUGCAUGUCCCCCAUUUGCAUGUAGGCAUGUGCGUGCGUGCUGCAGUAGGCAUGUGCGUGCGUGCUGCAGUAGGCAUGUGCGUGCGUGCUGCAGUAGGCAUGUGCGUGCGUGCUGCAGUAGGCAUGUGCGUGCGUGCUGCAGUAGGCAUGUGCGUGCGUGCUGCAGUAGGCAUGUGCGUGCGUGCUGCAGUAGGCAUGUGCGUGCGUGCUGCAGUAGGCAUGUGCGUGCGUGCUGCAGUAGGCAUGUGCGUGCGUGCUGCAGUAGGCAUGUGCGUGCGUGCUGCAGUAGGCAUGUGCGUGCGUGCUGCAGUAGGCAUGUGCGUGCGUGCUGCAGUAGGCAUGUGCGUGCGUGCUGCAGUAGGCAUGUGCGUGCGUGCUGCAGUAGGCAUGUGCGUGCGUGCUGCAGUAGGCAUGUGCGUGCGUGCUGCAGUAGGCAUGUGCGUGCGUGCUGCAGUAGGCAUGUGCGUGCGUGCUGCAGUAGGCAUGUGCGUGCGUGCUGCAGUAGGCAUGUGCGUGCGUGCUGCAGUAGGCAUGUGCGUGCGUGCUGCAGUAGGCAUGUGCGUGCGUGCUGCAGUAGGCAUGUGCGUGCGUGCUGCAGUAGGCAUGUGCGUGCGUGCUGCAGUAGGCAUGUGCGUGCGUGCUGCAGUAGGCAUGUGCGUGCGUGCUGCAGUAGGCAUGUGCCUAGGCAUGUGCGUGCGUGCUGCAGUAGGCAUGUGCGUGCGUGCUGCAGUAGGCAUGUGCGUGCGUGCUGCAGUAGGCGUGUGCGUGCGUGCUGCAGUAGGCAUGUGCGUGCGUGCUGCAGUAGGCAUGUGCGUGCGUGCUGCAGUAGGCAUGUGCGUGCGUGCUGCAGUAGGCAUGUGCGUGCGUGCUGCAGUAGGCAUGUGCGUGCGUGCUGCAGUAGGCAUGUGCGUGCGUGCUGCAGUAGGCAUGUGCGUGCGUGCUGCAGUAGGCAUGUGCGUGCGUGCUGCAGUAGGCAUGUGCGUGCGUGCUGCAGCAAUGUGCGUGCGUGCUGCAGUAGGCAUGUGCGUGCGUGCUGCAGUAGGCAUGUGCGUGCGUGCUGCAGUAGGCAUGUGCGUGCGUGCUGCAGUAGGCAUGUGCGUGCGUGCUGCAGUAGGCAUGUGCGUGCGUGCUGCAGUAGGCAUGUGCGUGCGUGCUGCAGUAGGCAUGUGCGUGCGUGCUGCAGUAGGCAUGUGCGUGCGGUGCUGCAGUAGGCAUGUGCGUGCGUGCUGCAGUAGGCAUUGCGUGCGUGCUGCAGUAGGCAUGUGCGUGCGUGCUGCAGUAGGCAUGUGCGUGCGUGCUGCAGUAGGCAUGUGCGUGCGUGCUGCAGUAGGCAUGUGCGUGCGUCUAGGCAUGUGCGUGCGUGCUGCAGUAGGCAUGUGCGUGCGUGCUGCAGUAGGCAUGUGCGUGCGUGCUGCAGUAGGCAUGUGCGUGCGUGCUGCAGUAGGCAUGUGCGUGCGUGCUGCAGUAGGCAUGUGCGUGCGUGCUGCAGUAGGCAUGUGCGUGCGUGCUGCAGUAGGCAUGUGCGUGCGUGCUGCAGUAGGCAUGUGCGUGCGUGCUGCAGUAGGCAUGUGCGUGCGUGCUGCAGCCAUGUGCGUGCGUGCUGCAGUAGGCAUGUGCGUGCGUGCUGCAGUAGGCAUGUGCGUGCGUGCUGCAGUAGGCAUGUGCGUGCGUGCUGCAGUAGGCAUGUGCGUGCGUGCUGCAGUAGGCAUGUGCGUGCGUGCUGCAGUAGGCAUGUGCGUGCGUGCUGCAGUAGGCAUGUGCGUGCGUGCUGCAGUAGGCAUGUGCGUGCGUGCUGCAGUAGGCAUGUGCGUGCGUGCUGCAGUAGGCAUGUGCGUGCGUGCUGCAGUAGGCAUGUGCGUGCGUGCUGCAGUAGGCAUGUGCGUGCGUGCUGCAGUAGGCAUGUGCGUGCGUGCUGCAGUAGGCAUGUGCGUGCGUGCUGCAGUAGGCAUGUGCGUGCGUGCUGCAGUAGGCAUGUGCGUGCGUGCUGCAGUAGGCAUGUGCGUGCGUGCUGCAGUAGGCAUGUGCGUGCGUGCUGCAGUAGGCAUGUGCGUGCGUGCUGCAGUAGGCAUGUGCGUGCGUGCUGCAGUAGGCAUGUGCGUGCGUGCUGCAGUAGGCAUGUGCGUGCGUGCUGCAGUAGGCAUGUGCGUGCGUGCUGCAGUAGGCAUGUGCGUGCGUGCUGCAGUAGGCAUGUGCGUGCGUGCUGCAGUAGGCAUGUGCGUGCGUGCUGCAGUAGGCAUGUGCGUGCGUGCUGCAGUAGGCAUGUGCGUGCGUGCUGCGGUAGGCAUGUGCGUGCGUGCUGCAGUAGGCAUGUGCGUGCGUGCUGCAGUAGGCAUGUGCGUGCGUGCUGCAGUAGGCAAUGUGCGUGCGUGCUGCAUAGGCAUGUGCGUGCGUGCUGCAGUAGGCAUGUGCGUGCGUGCUGCAGUAGGCAUGUGCGUGCGUGCUGCAGUAGGCAUGUGCGUGCGUGCUGCAGUAGGCAUGUGCGUGCGUGCUGCAUGCGUGCGUGCUGCAGUAGGCAUGUGCGUGCGUGCUGCAGUAGGCAUGUGCGUGCGUGCUGCAGUAGGCAUGUGCGUGCGUGCUGCAGUAGGCAUGUGCGUGCGUGCUGCAGUAGCAUGUGGCGUGCGUGCUGCAGUAGGCAUGUGCGUGCGUGCUGCAGUAGGCAUGUGCGUGCGUGCUGCAGUAGGCAUGUGCGUGCGUGCUGCAGUAGGCAUGUGCGUGCGUGCUGCAGUAGGCAUGUGCGUGCGUGCUGCAGUAGGCAUGUGCGUGCGUGCUGCAGUAGGCAUGUGCGUGCGUGCUGCAGUAGGCAUGUGCGUGCGUGCUGCAGUAGGCAUGUGCGUGCGUGCUGCAGUAGGCAUGUGCGUGCGUUGCUGCAUAGGCAUGUGCGUGCGUGCUGCAGUAGGCAUGUGCGUGCGUGCUGCAGUAGGCAUGUGCGUGCGUGCUGCAGUAGGCAUGUGCGUGCGUGCUGCAGUAGGCAUGUGCGUGCGUGCUGCAGUAGGCAUGUGCGUGCGUGCUGCAGUAGGCAUGUGCGUGCGUGCUGCAGUAGGCAUGUGCGUGCGUGCUGCAGUAGGCAUGUGCGUGCGUGCUGCAGUAGGCAUGUGCGUGCGUGCUGCAGUAGGCAUGUGCGUGCGUGCUGCAGUAGGCAUGUGCGUGCGUGCUGCAGUAGGCAUGUGCGUGCGUGCUGCAGUAGGCAUGUGGCUAGGCAUGUGCGUGCGUGCUGCAGUAGGCAUGUGCGUGCGUGCUGCAGUAGGCAUGUGCGUGCGUGCUGCAGUAGGCAUGUGCGUGCGUGCUGCAGUAGGCAUGUGCGUGCGUGCUGCAGUAGGCAUGUGCGUGCGUGCUGCAGUAGGCAUGUGCGUGCGUGCUGCAGUAGGCAUGUGCGUGCGUGCUGCAGUAGGCAUGUGCGUGCGUGCUGCAGUAGGCAUGUGCGUGCGUGCUGCAGUAGGCAUGUGCGUGCGUGCUGCAGUAGGCAUGUGCGUGCGUGCUGCAGUAGGCAUGUGCGUGCGUGCUGCAGUAGGCAUGUGCGUGCGUGCUGCAGUAGGCAUGUGCGUGCGUGCUGCAGUAGGCAUGUGCGUGCGUGCUGCAGUAGGCUUAGGCAUGUGCGUGCGUGCUGCGGUAGGCAUGUGCGUGCGUGCUGCAGUAGGCAUGUGCGUGCGUGCUGCAGUAGGCAUGUGCGUGCGUGCUGCAGUAGGCAUGUGCGUGCGUGCUGCAGUAGGCAUGUGCGUGCGUGCUGCAGUAGGCAUGUGCGUGCGUGCUGCAGUAGGCAUGUGCGUGCGUGCUGCAGUAGGCAUGUGCGUGCGUGCUGCAGUAGGCAUGUGCGUGCGUGCUGCAGUAGGCAUGUGCGUGCGUGCUGCAGUAGGCAUGUGCGUGCGUGCUGCAGUAGGCAUGUGCGUGCGUGCUGCAGUAGGCAUGUGCGUGCGUGCUGCGGUAGGCAUGUGCGUGCGUGCUGCAGUAGGCAUGUGCGUGCGUGCUGCAGUAGGCAUGUGCGUGCGUGCUGCAGUAGGCAUGUGCGUGCGUGCUGCAGUAGGCAUGUGCGUGCGUGCUGCAGUAGGCAUGUGCGUGCGUGCUGCAGUAGGCAUGUGCGUGCGUGCUGCAGUAGGCAUGUGCGUGCGUGCUGGCAUAGGCAUGUGCGUGCGUGCUGCAGUAGGCAUGUGCGUGCGUGCUGCAGUAGGCAUGUGCGUGCGUGCUGCAGUAGGCAUGUGCGUGCGUGCUGCAGUAGGCAUGUGCGUGCGUGCUGCAGUAGGCAUGUGCGUGCGUGCUGCAGUAGGCAUGUGCGUGCGUGCUGCAGUAGGCAUGUGCGUGCGUGCUGCAGUAGGCAUGUGCGUGCGUGCUGCAGUAGGCAUGUGCGUGCGUGCUGCAGUAGGCAUGUGCGUGCGUGCUGCAGUAGGCAUGUGCGUGCGUGCUGCAGUAGGCAUGUGCGUGCGUGCUGCAGUAGGCAUGUGCGUGCGUGCUGCAGUAGGCAUGUGCGUGCGUGCUGCAGUAGGCAUGUGCGUGCGUGCUGCAGUAGGCAUGUGCGUGCGUGCUGCAGUAGGCAUGUGCGUGCGUUGCUGCAUAGGCAUGUGCGUGCGUGCUGCAGUAGGCAUGUGCGUGCGUGCUGCAGUAGGCAUGUGCGUGCGUGCUGCAGUAGGCAUGUGCGUGCGUGCUGCAGUAGGCAUGUGCGUGCGUGCUGCAGUAGGCAUGUGCGUGCGUGCUGCAGUAGGCAUGUGCGUGCGUGCUGCAGUAGGCAUGUGCGUGCGUGCUGCAGUAGGCAUGUGCCUAGGCAUGUGCGUGCGUGCUGCAGUAGGCAUGUGCGUGCGUGCUGCAGUAGGCAUGUGCGUGCGUGCUGCAGUAGGCAUGUGCGUGCGUGCUGCAGUAGGCAUGUGCGUGCGUGCUGCAGUAGGCAUGUGCGUGCGUGCUGCAGUAGGCAUGUGCGUGCGUGCUGCAGUAGGCAUGUGCGUGCGUGCUGCAGUAGGCAUGUGCGUGCGUGCUGCAGUAGGCAUGUGCGUGCGUGCUGCAGUAGGCAUGUGCGUGCGUGCUGCAGUAGGCAUGUGCGUGCGUGCUGCAGUAGGCAUGUGCGUGCGUGCUGCAGUAGGCAUGUGCGUGCGUGCUGCAGUAGGCAUGUGCGUGCGUGCUGCAGUAGGCAUGUGCGUGCGUGCUGCAGUAGGCAUGUGCGUGCGUGCUGCAGUAGGCAUGUGCGUGCGUGCUGCAGUAGGCAUGUGCGUGCGUGCUGCAGUAGGCAUGUGCGUGCGUGCUGCAGUAGGCAUGUGCGUGCGUGCUGCAGUAGGCAUGUGCGUGCGUGCUGCAGUAGGCAUGUGCGUGCGUGCUGCAGUAGGCAUGUGCGUGCGUGCUGCAGUAGGCAUGUGCGUGCGUGCUGCAGUAGGCAUGUGCGUGCGUGCUGCAGUAGGCAUGUGCGUGCGUGCUGCAGUAGGCAUGUGCGUGCGUGCUGCAGUAGGCAUGUGCGUGCGUGCUGCAGUAGGCAUGUGCGUGCGUGCUGCAGUAGGCAUGUGCGUGCGUGCUGCAGUAGGCAUGUGCGUGCGUGCUGCAGUAGGCAUGUGCGUGCGUGCUGCAGUAGGCAUGUGCGUGCGUGCUGCAGUAGGCAUGUGCGUGCGUGCUGCAGUAGCAUGCGUGCGUGCUGCAGUAGCAUGUGCGUGCGUGCUGCAGGUAGGCAUGUGCGUGCGUGCUGCAGUAGGCAUGUGCGUGCGUGCUGCAGUAGGCAUGUGCGUGCGUGCUGCAGUAGGCAUGUGCGUGCGUGCUGCAGUAGGCAUGUGCGUGCGUGCUGCAGUAGGCAUGUGCGUGCGUGCUGCAGUAGGCAUGUGCGUGCGUGCUGCAGUAGGCAUGUGCGUGCGUGCUGCAGUAGGCAUGUGCGUGCGUGCUGCAGUAGGCAUGUGCGUGCGUGCUGCAGUAGGCAUGUGCGUGCGUGCUGCAGUAGGCAUGUGCGUGCGUGCUGCAGUAGGCAUGUGCGUGCGUGCUGCAGUAGGCAUGUGCGUGCGUGCUGCAGUAGGCAUGUGCGUGCGUGCUGCAGUAGGCAUGUGCGUGCGUGCUGCAGUAGGCAUGUGCGUGCGUGCUGCAGUAGGCAUGUGCGUGCGUGCUGCAGUAGGCAUGUGCGUGCGUGCUGCAGUAGGCAUGUGCGUGCGUGCUGCAGUAGGCAUGUGCGUGCGUGCUGCAGUAGGCAUGUGCGUGCGUGCUGCAGUAGGCAUGUGCGUGCGUGCUGCAGUAGGCAUGUGCGUGCGUGCUGCAGUAGGCAUGUGCGUGCGUGCUGCAGUAGGCAUGUGCGUGCGUGCUGCAGUAGGCAUGUGCGUGCGUGCUGCAGUAGGCAUGUGCGUGCGUGCUGCAGUAGGCAUGUGCGUGCGUGCUGCAGUAGGCAUGUGCGUGCGUGCUGCAGUAGGCAUGUGCGUGCGUGCUGCAGUAGGCAUGUGCGUGCGUGCUGCAGUAGGCAUGUGCGUGCGUGCUGCACGUGCUGCAGUAGGCAUGUGCGUGCGUGCUGCAGUAGGCAUGUGCGUGCGUGCUGCAGUAGGCAUGUGCGUGCGUGCUGCAGUAGGCAUGUGCGUGCGUGCUGCAGUAGGCAUGUGCGUGCGUGCUGCAGUAGGCAUGUGCGUGCGUGCUGCAGUAGGCAUGUGCGUGCGUGCUGCAGUAGGCAUGUGCGUGCGUGCUGCAGUAGGCAUGUGCGUGCGUGCUGCAGUAGGCAUGUGCGUGCGUGCCUGCAUAGGCAUGUGCGUGCGUGCUGCAGUAGGCAUGUGCGUGCGUGCUGCAGUAGGCAUGUGCGUGCGUGCUGCAGUAGGCAUGUGCGUGCGUGCUGCAGUAGGCAUGUGCGUGCGUGCUGCAGUAGGCAUGUGCGUGCGUGCUGCAGUAGGCAUGUGCGUGCGUGCUGCAGUAGGCAUGUGCGUGCGUGCUGCAGUAGGCAUGUGCGUGCGUGCUGCAGUAGGCAUGUGCGUGCGUGCUGCAGUAGGCAUGUGCGUGCGUGCUGCAGUAGGCAUGUGCGUGCGUGCUGCAGUAGGCAUGUGCGUGCGUGCUGCAGUAGGCAUGUGCGUGCGUGCUGCAGUAGGCAUGUGCGUGCGUGCUGCAGUAGGCAUGUGCGUGCGUGCUGCAGUAGGCAUGUGCGUGCGUGCUGCAGUAGGCAUGUGCGUGCGUGCUGCAGUAGGCAUGUGCGUGCGUGCUGCAGUAGGCAUGUGCGUGCGUGCUGCAGUAGGCAUGUGCGUGCGUGCUGCAGUAGGCAUGUGCGUGCGUGCUGCAGUAGGCAUGUGCGUGCGUGCUGCAGUAGGCAUGUGCGUGCGUGCUGCAGUAGGCAUGUGCGUGCGUGCUGCAGUAGGCAUGUGCGUGCGUGCUGCAGUAGGCAUGUGCGUGCGUGCUGCAGUAGGCAUGUGCGUGCGUGCUGCAGUAGGCAUGUGCGUGCGUGCUGCAGUAGGCAUGUGCGUGCGUGCUGCAGUAGGCAUGUGCGUGCGUGCUGCAGUAGGCAUGUGGCUAGGCAUGUGCGUGCGUGCUGCAGUAGGCAUGUGCGUGCGUGCUGCAGUAGGCAUGUGCGUGCGUGCUGCAGUAGGCAUGUGCGUGCGUGCUGCAGUAGGCAUGUGCGUGCGUGCUGCAGUAGGCAUGUGCGUGCGUGCUGCAGUAGGCAUGUGCGUGCGUGCUGCAGUAGGCAUGUGCGUGCGUGCUGCGGUAGGCAUGUGCGUGCGUGCUGCAGUAGGCAUGUGCGUGCGUGCUGCAGUAGGCAUGUGCGUGCGUGCUGCAGUAGGCAUGUGCGUGCGUGCUGCAGUAGGCAUGUGCGUGCGUGCUGCAGUAGGCAUGUGCGUGCGUGCUGCAGUAGGCAUGUGCGUGCGUGCUGCAGUAGGCAUGUGCGUGCGUGCUGCAGUAGGCAUGUGCGUGCGUGCUGCAGUAGGCAUGUGCGUGCGUGCUGCAGUAGGCAUGUGCGUGCGUGCUGCAGUAGGCAUGUGCGUGCGUGCUGCAGUAGGCAUGUGCGUGCGUGCUGCAGUAGGCAUGUGCGUGCGUGCUGCAGUAGGCAUGUGCGUGCGUGCUGCAGUAGGCAUGUGCGUGCGUGCUGCAGUAGGCAUGUGCGUGCGUGCUGCAGUAGGCAUGUGCGUGCGUGCUGCAGUAGGCAUGUGCGUGCGUGCUGCAGUAGGCAUGUGCGUGCGUGCUGCAGUAGGCAUGUGCGUGCGUGCUGCAGUAGGCAUGUGCGUGCGUGCUGCAGUAGGCAUGUGCGUGCGUGCUGCAGUAGGCAUGUGCGUGCGUGCUGCAGUAGGCAUGUGCGUGCGUGCUGCAGUAGGCAUGUGCGUGCGUGCUGCAGUAGGCAUGUGCGUGCGUGCUGCAGUAGGCAUGUGCGUGCGUGCUGCAGUAGGCAUGUGCGUGCGUGCUGCAGUAGGCAUGUGCGUGCGUGCUGCAGUAGGCAUGUGCGUGCGUGCUGCAGUAGGCAUGUGCGUGCGUGCUGCAGUAGGCAUGUGCGUGCGUGCUGCAGUAGGCAUGUGCGUGCGUGCUGCAGUAGGCAUGUGCGUGCGUGCUGCAGUAGGCAUGUGCGUGCGUGCUGCAGUAGGCAUGUGCGUGCGUGCUGCAGUAGGCAUGUGCGUGCGUGCUGCAGUAGGCAUGUGCGUGCGUGCUGCAGUAGGCAUGUGCGUGCGUGCUGCAGUAGGCAUGUGCGUGCGUGCUGCAGUAGGCAUGUGCGUGCGUGCUGCAGUAGGCAUGUGCGUGCGUGCUGCAGUAGGCAUGUGCGUGCGUGCUGCAGUAGGCAUGUGCGUGCGUGCUGCAGUAGGCAUGUGCGUGCCGUGCUGCAGUAGGCAUGUGCGUGCGUGCUGCAGUAGGCAUGUGCGUGCGUGCUGCAGUAGGCAUGUGCGUGCGUGCUGCAGUAGGCAUGUUGCGUGCCGUGCUGCAGUAGGCAUGUGCGUGCGUGCUGCAGUAGGCAUGUGCGUGCGUGCUGCAGUAGGCAUGUGCGUGCGUGCUGCAGUAGGCAUGUGCGUGCGUGCUGCAGUAGGCAUGUGCGUGCGUGCUGCAGUAGGCAUGUGCCUAGGCAUGUGCGUGCGUGCUGCAGUAGGCAUGUGCGUGCGUGCUGCAGUAGGCAUGUGCGUGCGUGCUGCAGUAGGCAUGUGCGUGCGUGCUGCAGUAGGCAUGUGCGUGCGUGCUGCAGUAGGCAUGUGCGUGCGUGCUGCAGUAGGCAUGUGCGUGCGUGCUGCAGGUAGGCAUGUGCGUGCGUGCUGCAGUAGCAUGUGCGUGCGUGCUGCAGUAGGCAUGUGCGUGCGUGCUGCAGUAGGCAUGUGCGUGCGUGCUGCAGUAGGCAUGUGCGUGCGUGCUGCAGUAGGCAUGUGCGUGCGUGCUUGCAUAGGCAUGUGCGUGCGUGCUGCAGUAGGCAUGUGCGUGCGUGCUGCAGUAGGCAUGUGCGUGCGUGCUGCAGUAGGCAUGUGCGUGCGUGCUGCAGGAGGCAUGUGCGUGCGUGCUGCAGUAGGCAUGUGCGUGCGUGCUGCAGUAGGCAUGUGCGUGCGUGCUGCAGUAGGCAUGUGCGUGCGUGCUGCAGUAGGCAUGUGCGUGCGUGCUGCAGUAGGCAUGUGCGUGCGUGCUGCAGUAGGCAUGUGCGUGCGUGCUGCAGUAGGCAUGUGCGUUGCGUGCUGCAUAGGCAUGUGCGUGCGUGCUGCAGUAGGCAUGUGCGUGCGUGCUGCAGUAGGCAUGUGCGUGCGUGCUGCAGUAGGCAUGUGCGUGCGUGCUGCAGUAGGCAUGUGCGUGCGUGCUGCAGUAGGCAUGUGCGUGCGUGCUGCAGUAGGCAUGUGCGUGCGUGCUGCAGUAGGCAUGUGCGUGCGUGCUGCAGUAGGCAUGUGCGUGCGUGCUGCAGUAGGCAUGUGCGUGCGUGCUGCAGUAGGCAUGUGCGUGCGUGCUGCAGUAGGCAUGUGCGUGCGUGCUGCAGUAGGCAUGUGCGUGCGUGCUGCAGUAGGCAUGUGCGUGCGUGCUGCAGUAGGCAUGUGCGUGCGUGCUGCAGGAGGCAUGUGCGUGCGUGCUGCAGUAGGCAUGUGCGUGCGUGCUGCAGUAGGCAUGUGCGUGCGUGCUGCAGUAGGCAUGUGCGUGCGUGCUGCAGUAGGCAUGUGCGUGCGUGCUGCAGUAGGCAUGUGCGUGCGUGCUGCAGUAGGCAUGUGCGUGCGUGCUGCAGUAGGCAUGUGCGUGCGUGCUGCAGUAGGCAUGUGCGUGCGUGCUGCAGUAGGCAUGUGCGUGCGUGCUGCAGUAGGCAUGUGCGUGCGUGCUGCAGUAGGCAUGUGCGUGCGUGCUGCAGUCGGCAUGUGCGUGCGUGCUGCAGUAGGCAUGUGCGUGCGUGCUGCAGUAGGCAUGUGCGUGCGUGGCUGCAUAGGCAUGUGCGUGCGUGCUGCAGUAGGCAUGUGCGUGCGUGCUGCAGUAGGCAUGUGCGUGCGUGCUGCAGUAGGCAUGUGCGUGCGUGCUUGCAUAGGCAUGUGCGUGCGUGCUGCAGUAGGCAUGUGCGUGCGUGCUGCAGUAGGCAUGUGCGUGCGUGCUGCAGUAGGCAUGUGCGUGCGUGCUGCAGUAGGCAUGUGCGUGCGUGCUGCAGUAGGCAUGUGCGUGCGUGCUGCAGUAGGCAUGUGCGUGCGUGCUGCAGUAGGCAUGUGCGUGCGUGCUGCAGUAGGCAUGUGCGUGCGUGCUGCAGUAGGCAUGUGCGUGCGUGCUGCAGUAGGCAUGUGCGUGCGUGCUGCAGUAGGCAUGUGCGUGCGUGCUGCAGUAGGCAUGUGCGUGCGUGCUGCAGUAGGCAUGUGGUGCCGUGCUGCAGUAGGCAUGUGCGUGCGUGCCUGCAUAGGCAUGUGCGUGCGUGCUGCAGUAGGCAUGUGCGUGCGUGCUGCAGUAGGCAUGUGCGUGCGUGCUGCAGUAGGCAUGUGCGUGCGUGCUGCAGUAGGCAUGUGCGUGCGUGCUGCAGUAGGCAUGUGCGUGCGUGCUGCAGUAGGCAUGUGCGUGCGUGCCUGCAUAGGCAUGUGCGUGCGUGCUGCAGUAGGCAUGUGCGUGCGUGCUGCAGUAGGCAUGUGCGUGCGUGCUGCAGUAGGCAUGUGCGUGCGUGCUGCAGUAGGCAUGUGCGUGCGUGCUGCAGUAGGCAUGUGCGUGCGUGCUGCAGUAGGCAUGUGCGUGCGUGCUGCAGUAGGCAUGUGCGUGCGUGCUGCAGUAGGCAUGUGCGUGCGUGCUGCAGUAGGCAUGUGCGUGCGUGCUGCAGUAGGCAUGUGCGUGCGUGCUGCAGUAGGCAUGUGCGUGCGUGCUGCAGUAGGCAUGUGCGUGCGUGCUGCAGUAGGCAUGUGCGUGCGUGCUGCAGGAGGCAUGUGCGUGCCGUGCUGCAAUAGGCAUGUGCGUGCCGUGCUGCAGUGGCAUGUGCGUGCGGCUGCAGUAGGCAUGUGCGUGCGUGCUGCAGUAGGCAUGUGCGUGCGUGCUGCAGGAGGCAUGUGCGUGCGUGCUGCAGUAGCAUGUGCGUGCGUGCUGGCAGUAGGCAUGUGCGUGCGUGCUGCAGCAUGUGCGUGCGUGCUAGGCAUGUGCGUGCGUGCUGCAGUAGGCAUGUGCGUGCGUGCUGCAGUAGGCAUGUGCGUGCGUGCUGCAGUAGGCAUGUGCGUGCGUGCUGCAGUAGGCAUGUGCGUGCGUGCUGCAGUAGGCAUGUGCGUGCGUGCUGCAGUAGGCAUGUGCGUGCGUGCUGCAGUAGGCAUGUGCGUGCGUGCUGCAGCAUGUGCGUGCGUGCCUGCAGUAGGCAUGUGCGUGCGUGCUGCAGUAGGCAUGUGCGUGCGUGCUGCAGUAGGCAUGUGCGUGCGUGCUGCAGUAGGCAUGUGCGUGCGUGCUGCAGUAGGCAUGUGCGUGCGUGCUGCAGUAGGCAUGUGCGUGCGUGCUGCAGUAGGCAUGUGCGUGCGUGCUGCAGUAGGCAUGUGCGUGCGUGCUGCAGUAGGCAUGUGCGUGCGUGCUGCAGUAGGCAUGUGCGUGCGUGCUGCAGUAGGCAUGUGCGUGCGUGCUGCAGUAGGCAUGUGCGUGCGUGCUGCAGUAGGCAUGUGCGUGCGUGCUGCAGUAGGCAUGUGCGUGCGUGCUGCAGUAGGCAUGUGCGUGCGUGCUGCAGUAGGCAUGUGCGUGCGUGCUGCAGUAGGCAUGUGCGUGCGUGCUGCAGUAGGCAUGUGCGUGCGUGCUGCAGUAGGCAUGUGCGUGCGUGCUGCAGUAGGCAUGUGCGUGCGUGCUGCAGUAGGCAUGUGCGUGCGUGCUGCAGUAGGCAUGUGCGUGCGUGCUGCAGUAGGCAUGUGCGUGCGUGCUGCAGUAGGCAUGUGCGUGCGUGCUGCAGUAGGCAUGUGCGUGCGUGCUGCAGUAGGCAUGUGCGUGCUAGGCAUGUGCGUGCGUGCUGCAGUAGGCAUGUGCGUGCGUGCUGCAGUAGGCAUGUGCGUGCGUGCUGCAGUAGGCAUGUGCGUGCGUGCUGCAGUAGGCAUGUGCGUGCGUGCUGCAGUAGGCAUGUGCGUGCGUGCUGCAGUAGGCAUGUGCGUGCGUGCUGCAGUAGGCAUGUGCGUGCGUGCUGCAGUAGGCAUGUGCGUGCGUGCUGCAGUAGGCAUGUGCGUGCGUGCUGCAGUAGGCAUAGGCAUGUGCGUGCGUGCUGCAGUAGGCAUGUGCGUGCGUGCUGCAGUAGGCAUGUGCGUGCGUGCUGCAGUAGGCAUGUGCGUGCGUGCUGCAGUAGGCAUGUGCGUGCGUGCUGCAGUAGGCAUGUGCGUGCGUGCUGCAGUAGGCAUGUGGCGUGCGUGCUGCAUAGGCAUGUGCGUGCGUGCUGCAGUAGGCAUGUGCGUGCGUGCUGCAGUAGGCAUGUGCGUGCGUGCUGCAGUAGGCAUGUGCGUGCGUGCUGCAGUAGGCAUGUGCGUGCGUGCUGCAGUAGGCAUGUGCGUGCGUGCUGCAGUAGGCAUGUGCGUGCGUGCUGCAGUAGGCAUGUGCGUGCGUUGCUGCAUAGGCAUGUGCGUGCGUGCUGCAGUAGGCAUGUGCGUGCGUGCUGCAGUAGGCAUGUGCGUGCGUGCUGCAGUAGGCAUGUGCGUGCGUGCUGCAGUAGGCAUGUGCGUGCGUGCUGCAGUAGGCAUGUGCGUGCGUGCUGCAGUAGGCAUGUGCGUGCGUGCUGCAGUAGGCAUGUGCGUGCGUGCUGCAGUAGGCAUGUGCGUGCGUGCUGCAGUAGGCAUGUGCGUGCGUGCUGCAGUAGGCAUGUGCGUGCCGUGCUGCAUAGGCAUGUGCGUGCGUGCUGCAGUAGGCAUGUGCGUGCGUGCUGCAGUAGGCAUGUGCGUGCGUGCUGCAGUAGGCAUGUGCGUGCGUGCUGCAGUAGGCAUGUGCGUGCGUGCUUGCAUAGGCAUGUGCGUGCGUGCUGCAGUAGGCAUGUGCGUGCGUGCUGCAGUAGGCAUGUGCGUGCGUGCUGCAGUAGGCAUGUGCGUGCGUGCUGCAGUAGGCAUGUGCGUGCGUGCUGCAGUAGGCAUGUGCGUGCGUGCUGCAGUAGGCAUGUGCGUGCGUGCUGCAGUAGGCAUGUGCGUGCGUGCUGCAGUAGGCAUGUGCGUGCGUGCUGCAGUAGGCAUGUGCGUGCGUGCUGCAGUAGGCAUGUGCGUGCGUGCUGCAGUAGGCAUGUGCGUGCGUGCUGCAGUAGGCAUGUGCGUGCGUGCUGCAGUAGGCAUGUGCGUGCGUGCUGCAGUAGGCAUGUGCGUGCGUGCUGCAGUAGGCAUGUGCGUGCGUGCUGCAGUAGGCAUGUGCGUGGCGUGCUGCAUAGGCAUGUGCGUGCGUGCUGCAGUAGGCAUGUGCGUGCGUGCUGCAGGAGGCAUGUGCGUGCGUGCUGCAGGAGGCAUGUGCGUGCGUGCUGCAGUAGGCAUGUGCGUGCGUGCUGCAGUAGGCAUGUGCGUGCGUGCUGCAGUAGGCAUGUGCGUGCGUGCUGCAGUAGGCAUGUGCGUGCGUGCUGCAGUAGGCAUGUGCGUGCGUGCUGCAGUAGGCAUGUGCGUGCGUGCUGCAGUAGGCAUGUGCGUGCGUGCUGCAGUAGGCAUGUGCGUGCGUGCUGCAGUAGGCAUGUGCGUGCGUGCUGCAGUAGGCAUGUGCGUGCGUGCUGCAGGAGGCAUGUGCGUGCGUGCUGCAGUAGGCAUGUGCGUGCGUGCUGCAGGAGGCAUGUGCGUGCGUGCUGCAGUAGGCAUGUGCGUGCGUGCUGCAGUAGGCAUGUGCGUGCAUGCUGCAGUAGGCAUGUGCGUGCGUGCUGCAGGAGGCAUGUGCGUGCGUGCUGCAGGAGGCAUGUGCGUGCGUUGCUGUGCUGCAGUAGGCAUGUGCGUGCGUGCUGCAGUAGGCAUGUGCGUGCGUGCUGCAGUAGGCAUGUGCGUGCGUGCUGCAGUAGGCAUGUGCGUGCGUGCUGCAGUAGGCAUGUGCGUGCGUGCUGCAGUAGGCAUGUGCGUGCGUGCUGCAGUAGGCAUGUGCGUGCGUGCUGCAGUAGGCAUGUGCGUGCGUGCUGCAGUAGGCAUGUGCGUGCGUGCUGCAGUAGGCAUGUGCGUGCGUGCUGCAGUAGGCAUGUGCGUGCGUGCUGCAGUAGGCAUGUGCGUGCGUGCUGCAGUAGGCAUGUGCGUGCGUGCUGCAGUAGGCAUGUGCGUGCGUGCUGCAGUAGGCAUGUGCGUGCGUGCUGCAGUAGGCAUGUGCGUGCGUGCUGCAGUAGGCAUGUGCGUGCGUGCUGCAGUAGGCAUGUGCGUGCGUGCUGCAGUAGGCAUGUGCGUGCGUGCUGCAGUAGGCAUGUGCGUGCGUGCUGCAGUAGGCAUGUGCGUGCGUGCUGCAGUAGGCAUGUGCGUGCGUGCUGCAGUAGGCAUGUGCGUGCGUGCUGCAGUAGGCAUGUGCGUGCGUGCUGCAGUAGGCAUGUGCGUGCGUGCUGCAGUAGGCAUGUGCGUGCGUGCUGCAGUAGGCAUGUGCGUGCGUGCUGCAGUAGGCAUGUGCGUGCGUGCUGCAGUAGGCAUGUGCGUGCGUGCUGCAGUAGGCAUGUGCGUGCGUGCUGCAGUAGGCAUGUGCGUGCGUGCUGCAGUAGGCAUGUGCGUGCGUGCUGCAGUAGGCAUGUGCGUGCGUGCUGCAGUAGGCAUGUUGUACGCGCGGCGCCACGGGUACCGAAUGGUGGUGGAGGACGGAUUCAAGUACACUCCGGACAGACACCCAUCGUGGUUCAAGGUGCCGUUCCUGCAGUCACAGCUGGCGUGUUGCUGCGAGAGGGCCUUCUUCCUCGACUCAGACGCCUACAUGCGCAUGCACCACCACCGCCUCUCCAUCCCCACCUGGAUCCAAUCCAUCAACCAACCUAACUACUUCGACUGGCUGCUGAGGGACAAUCUCACCGACUCUCUGGAGGGGCAGGUGUGGCUCCCACAGGACCCCGCCCUGCUGCUACAGCCCGCCACCGCGCUACAGCCGGAAGGAGGGCCCGUGGCUCUGAUACCACGGAACGGCGACUCAAGGGAUGGCUUUUAUGGGGACGUGGGCAUGGUGUUCCGAAGGGACUCGGACUACAUCAAUGCGGGUGUCAUGCUCUGGCGCCGCUCGCCCGCCACCUUCCAGGUGGGGAGCCAACUUGAGUUGCUUCAGUGGCACAGUGUGCAGAGGGGCGAGUACCAGCUGGCCAACCACGUGUGGGAGGAGUCAAACCGCAACCAGGCUUGGUACAGCGAGCAGCAGGGCGACUACCACCUGUUCAGCCACGUGUGGGAGCAGCACCGCCUCAACCAGGUGGCGCGCUGGCCGCAGUGGCGGCGGAGGGUGCUCAUGGUGCCGUUCCGUGAGCUCACAGGGCCCGAUGGGGCCAUGGUGCGCCACCUGUGGGGGGGUGUGGCCAGCGAGGAGCGCGACAGGGUGGUCCAUGACGCACUGGAGGAGGCACUGGGCAGCCUGCAGUGA